AUGCAGACCAACGGCGCGUCACACGACCCCAAGCCCCUCGGCGCCACCGUCGUUGACCUGUUCGACGCCUGGGCCGCGCGGGAUCCCGACCGGCUCGCCGCCGAGUGGCAAGAGGAGCAGCUCACGUAUGCCGAGCUGCGCGCGAGCUCGCUGCACGUCAGCCGGGCGCUGCUCUCGGCCGGCGUGCAGCCCCGGGACCGCGUCCCGCUCCUGACCGAGAUGUCGCUCACCAUGCUGCCCACCGUCAUCGGCAUCCUGCGCGUCGGCGCCUGCUACGUGCCCAUCGACGUCGUGGCCUGGAGCAGCGCCCGCGUUGAGUCUAUCCUCGCCGAGAUCUGCCCCGCAGUCGCCGUCGUCACGAGCCCGUGUCCCAGCGUCGUGCUCCCGCCCGUCACCGUCAACUUCCAGAAGGCGUGGCUGCAUGCACCGUUCGUCGACGACGAUGGUGGCUUUGAUGCGCGGCUGGACGAGAUAAAGAAUGGGAUCCUUGAAGAUGACCUUGCGUGGAUCGUGUUCACGUCCGGCACAACCGGCAAGCCUAAGGGCGUUAUGAUUUAUCACCGGGGUAUCUACGCCGUCUCGAGGGUCAAGAUGGGUGACGAGCUUGUAGAGGCCGCGGAGCAAGGAGGAGUUGUGUUCAAAUCAUCAGGUUGUGCCGGGGUUGUCUGGAUAACUCUGGCAAAGGGCGGCAGCUUGGUCAUGGCUUCGCCGUCCAACUUCCCCGAAGUCUCCUCAACCUGCGCGUUGUUGAGCAUGACGCCGUCGAUGCUGGCGACCAUGGAUCCCGACGGGCCCUAUGACUCCGUCCGCCACAUAUUCCUGGGCGGUGAGGCGCCCGCCUUGGACGUCGUCCGCCAAUGGAUCACUCCCAAUCGGAAGGUGAUGACUACCUACGGCCCAUCGGAAACGACCGUCACCAUCAGCUUCGGACAACUCAAGCCCGACGAGGAGCCGCCGUUCGGUGAGCUAAUUCCAGGCGUCGAAGUGGUGUUGAUCGAUGAGGACCUGAAGGAGUGCGAUCAGGGCGAGGUCCUGAUCGCCGGGCCUGGGCUCGCUGCCGGUUACCUCAACAACCCACAGCUGACUGCGCAGAAGUUUAUCCAGUGGAACGGCAAGCGGUUCUACCGGACGGGCGACCUCGCUCGCAGGACAGAGGAUGGACAGCUCGUAUGGGCGGGCCGAUCCGACUCUCUGGUCAAGAACCGAGGCUUCCUGAUCAACCUCGACACCGAGGUCGAGGCGUCGCUGCGUUCCUAUGACCCAGUCUUGUUUGCUGUGGCAUUCAUGUGGCGCGGCCGACUAGUUGGAUGCGUCCAGCCGGCAACUGUCGACGUCGACGCGUUACGCCAGUUCAUGAAGGAGCGCAAUGAUCCUUUCGUGAUCCCCGACAUCCUCUUGGCCAUGGACAGUUUUCCCUUAAGGCCGAACGGAAAGACGGAUCGAGAUGCCCUCAAACUCGAGCUAGAUACUCAAAGUGAGGCAGAACAGAGCCUCCUGGAUCAAGAGAACCCAGCCUCGAUCUACGAGAUUCUGUGUUCGGCCUACUCCACUGUCUUACAAGUACCCUUCCAACAGGUCAACAAAGAUUCCUCCUUUACAAAGCAGGGAGGAAACUCCCUAGCAGCAAUCAAGCUCGCCAGCUUCCUCAAGAAGCAUGAGUAUCCGAUUUCAGUGAUCCAAAUCCUGAGAUUGGACACGAUAGGCCAGUUGGAGGAAUACCUGCAACACUUCUCGUCUUCCGAUGGACAGGCGAACGGCAGCGAUGACAGUCCGGACUCCAAUUCAGACACAGUACCAGUCACCGACGUGCAGAAGCUGUUCCUCAACCGCUCCGUGAACAACCCCAAGUUCUGCGCCCUCAUCGGCGUGAGCAAGUAUGUCGGGGACCCUGCGAAGACGCCAUCCGCCCAGGAGCUCCACGAUGCUUGCGUCAAGGUCUGGUCAGCGCACAGCAUCUUCAAAACGCGGUUCGACCUGGCCAACUUCACCAUGUCUGACCUGGGACGAGUGAACAUGGAGUGGCGCGAGGUGAGCGUGGACGAGGCCAAAUUCGAAAACGCCUGCUCCGAGGCCGAGGCGCAGGCAUGGCGGGACCUGGACGAUGUCAAGCCGUCGGACAACGAGGUGCCGUACUGCAGCAUCACCUGCGUGUCGGUGCCGGGGCGCAAGGCCCUCGCCUUCGUCAGCCGCACGCACCACGUCCUCGUCGACGUGUUCUCGUCCGCCAUCCUCUCGCGCGACGCCGAGCUCGUCCUCGCCGGCCAGGACCUGCCCCCGCGCCCGUGUUUCCGCGCCUUCGCGCGCUUCCUGCAGAAGCACAAGCAGGCCAACAUCGACAAGGCGAUCCGCACCUUCAGCGAGAUCGUGAACGCGACGCCCGCGUCCUCGAUCUUCCAGCCGCCGCGCCCCGCGAACCCGCCCCCGGCUGAUGCCUUCGACCUCGUGCGCCUCAAGUCGCCCGUGUCGGUGCGCAAGUCGGAGCUCGACGUCGCCGCCCGCCGCCUUGGAAUCACCACUAGCACCAUGGUGUACGCGGCGUGGGCGCUGUUCCUGAGCAGGGUGACGGGGUGGGACCGUGUCGGCUUCUCGAUCAGCCUGGCAGGGCGUACGUUGCCGUGGCCGGGCACGCAGUUCCUAGUGGGCCCGCUGCUGGGCACUGCCCCGUUCGGGGCGUGGGUGCCCGGCGCCACCCGCGUGCGCGAGUGGCUCGUCGACGCCAUGCACAAGACGACGCUGGACGUGCUCGAGUUCGACGGGUUGCCGAACGCGCUGCCAACCGCGCUGACGACGGACCGCCGCACCGUUACUACCAUCGUGCUGUCCUUCCUCGACGUGCCGCAGCUGUCUUCCAAUUGGUCAUACAGCGACAAGCAGCGCCAUAAUUACCUGCUCAACUGGUCGAUUUUCCAGGACGAGGCUGACGGCGUGAGUACGGUGUUCGAGGUCCAGUCGCGGCAGAUUGAUCUCGGCUGGGCCGAGCAGGUGCGCCAUAUCCCCGGGCAGAUGCUGAGUGCGUUGUGCGAGGCUACGGAAGAAACUUUGGUUGCGGAUCUGCUGAAGCAGAGUGCGGCCGUGGUAAAAGACGCGGGGGUUUAG